AAAUGAGCAUUUCUGUUCGUCCCAGUUCGCUCUGGUUUCUUCAUCUUUGUGACCUAUCGGUUCUUCCCCUCACGAAUCACCAUUCCCUAUAGGGGCUUUAUGCUGAAACAUUGAUUUUCCCCAAAACUACUCUACUGAAAUUCAGUGUCGAAGCCACGGGCUGUUGAUCAAGAUGACGCCUGUUUGCCCUUUUGUCAAGGCUGCUCGGCCUGAUGAUGCAUCUGUUAAGAAACCUGGAGAAAGUCAAAGUAAACAGCAUGGCGGCAGUGAGAAGCCCAAGCAGGAGUCUGGGGAGCCAGCUAUGGUGCCGUCGAAAUGCCCUUUUGUCCAUAAACAGCAAGCUGGCAGUGAAAUCAAGCCUAAUCAGGAAUCUGGGGAGCAAGCAAAGGUGUCAUCCAAAUGCCCCUUUGGAUAUACACAAGAAGCUGGUGGUGAAAACAAGCCUAAGCAAGUGUCUGAGAAGCCUGGCGUUAUGUCACCCAAGUGUCCCCUUGGAUUUGAUUCUCAAACAUUUAAGCUCGGUCCUCUUAGCUGCAUGAUAUGUCAAGCUUUACUUUAUGAUUGCAGCCGAUGUGUGCCUUGUUCUCAUGUAUUUUGCAAAGUAUGUAUCACACGCUUUAAGGACUGUCCAUUAUGCGGAGCUGAUGUUGAGAAGAUUGAAGCUGACGAAAAUCUUCAGAGCACUGUUGAUCGCUUCAUUGAAGGGCAUGCAAGGAUCAAGAGGCCUCAAGUUAAUGCAGACCAAGAAGAUGUUGGAGAGAACAAAACAGUUAUAUAUGAGGAUGUGUCUUUGGAAAGAGGCUCUUUCCUGGUGCAUCAUGCCAUGCGAGCAUUUCGUGCAAAUAAUGUUGAAAGUGCAAAAUCAAGACUUAGCAUAUGUGCAGAAGAUAUUCGAGAACAAGUAGAAAGAAUGGGAAAUACAUCAGAACUGUGCUCACAACUUGGAGCAGUUCUGGGUAUGCUUGGUGAUUGCUGCCGAGCUACAGGAGAUGCCGCUUCUGCAGUCAAAUAUUUUGAAGAGAGUGUCAAUUUUCUUUUAAAAGUGCCUAAAGAUGAUUUAGAGAUAACACACACUCUUUCUGUCUCUCUAAAUAAAAUUGGAGACCUUAAAUACUAUGAUGAAGAUUUGCAAGCUGCAAGAUCAUAUUAUUUUCAAGCAUUGGAUAUUCGCCGCAAUGCCAUCAAGCAGCAUUCUCAACCAUCUCAGACCAUAGAUGUGGCCGUAUCACUUGCAAAAGUAGCUGAUGUGGACAGAAAUAUUGGGAAUGAGAAAACUGCAGUAGAUGGAUUUCAAGAAGCCAUAGAAAUGCUGCAAUGUCUGAAACUAAAUCCUGAAGAAGUUGGCCUUGAACAGCGGAGAUUGUCGGUGCUCGAGUUCCUUAACAGUCAGCUUGGCAAGAAAGAGACCAACUCAGGUUCUUGAGUGAAGAUUUUCGUCUGUCCUUACGAGGGACCAACGUAAGAAAUAUCUCUUUGUAAAUGACUUGGAAAUAAGUGAUAGGUAUUUCCAUUACCUUGUUAUAUUGUAACUCUGUGAUAUUUUCUAACUAGUACCCCCACGCUUGAAUGUUACAAAAAGAAAUAAUGAUAUGCGGUCUGUUUCUCUACUGAGAGAAUUGAAGUU